CUCGGGUGUCACAUGUCCAUCACCUUCCAGAAUGUUCUGUCUUCGAGAAUUUUCUUCGACACAGGGUUUCGUUCGAGUGCGAGCGUAGCUUCCUGUCUCUCCCGCCAAUUGUUUCAAUUUCCCUUUGUCUCUCUCUCGAAGAAGAAGAAGAAGAGGAAGAAGAAGAGGAAGAAGAAGAGGAAGAAGAAGAAGAAGAGGAGGAGAAAGAGCAGUACUGCAGCGGAGUUCCGUAGAUUUGCAAUCUACAGAAAGAAGAAAAGCCAUUCAGCUUCUGGCCUGAAAAGUUUAUUCUCAUUAUCAGCUUCCCUUCUUUCAAUAUCACAACACAUAUGAAUACCGAAGCUAGCUAUCGAAGUUUCCCUCUGAGUGUAAAACAGAACUCAAAUUGCCUACCAAAGUGACCCUCUGAGUGUAAGUUAUGAUUUAUUUGAUGCUUGAAAUGUUUAGGAUGAUUGCUAAAGUGGCAGUAGGUGUGGUUAUCAGUAAGAUCCGUAACUGGCUUGCUAGAAUCGUAGUUUUCAGCAGGCAGAAAAAGAACCAUGCUAAUUUCUUUUAUCGUUUGAAUUCUAUUUUAAUGGCAAGAAUGUGCAUCUACA